UCUCUCUUAGUUUCUUCCUUCUCAGAGGCUUUUUAACAAGCAGUUGGGGAAAUGGCCAAAGGUGGUGGUGGGAAGCUGACGAAGCUGAAGUCAGUGAUAAAGAAAUGGCAGUCAAUUGGGAAGCUAGGGCGGGCAAACGGCAGCUCAAUUGCCGCCGCGAGCCCCUCGGACGACGACAGCGACUCCAGAGACCUCCACCCGGUCUACGUGGGCAAGUCGCGGCGGCGCUACCUCGUUGGCUCCGACGUCAUGGAGCACCCGCUGUUCCGGGAGCUGGUGGAAAGGUCCGGCGACUCCGACACGGUAAACGUUGCAUGUGAGGUGGUACUGUUCGAACACCUCCUCUGGAUGCUUGAAAAUGCUGAUCCCCGCCCAGAAUCACUGGAGGAGCUGGUUGAGUUCUAUGCCUGCUAAUCGCUUGUAGACAUGAAAUAACCGCUGAAGAGGAUGAUUCCGUUCCUGGGUACGGACUCAUCCAGAGAGUACAAGAAAAAAAGUUGUAAAUGUUUUCAAGGCAAUAAUGAUUAGCGGUGUAGAAAUCAAAGAUGAUAGAGAGAAUUGAGAAGCGACGUUUAACCCAUUUCACAUCGGCUAAUCUCGAGGGGCGGUGGGCCCGAUGAGAACUAUGGCUUUUGCAUAUUAUUUAUAUCUAUAUGUAUAAUGUUAUAUUCUUCUCUGUUCAUUCUCAGGUGUAUAAUGUUUAUUCUUAAUCUUCAUUCGUAAAUCUGUUUCAUCCAGCUAAUUCCUUCUUCUUCUUGUA